CGAUUUGGAGAUGGCAAACGGGGCUUUCGACAUUUGGACUGACUAUCUCGGAUUGAGUCAGGUGCUGGAGGGCAUUUUCGAAUCUCGGCACAGGGAAACCCAUUCGAAAAUGGAGCCAAUGGAAAGGCAAUUGAGGAGCGGGCAAGUGGAAAGGCGGGAACUGGAGGGCAGAGCGCCUCAGUUGCAACACAGACCAGCAAAUACGGGGAGUCACAGCUUAACUAUGGAAAUCGGCGCUGGACUUUACUUGACAAUAAACACCAAAGACGUGGAAAAAACGCAUUGCAAAGGUGAAACAGAAAGACACUGCUGGCUUGAUUUCAUGAAUUGCAACAGUGACGCGGAAGGACGGCGUGCUUUGAUUGGUCGGAAACCCAUUGGCAAGGAGACCCUGGCACGGAGGCGCACGGGAGGGGCCCAAAGGCACGAUCUGCUGGGGGGCCUGUUCGAAUCGACAGUCAGUUCUGGAGAUCAGGAGCCUGGGCUUCCAGCCCUCCACCUCUGGGGGGAUAAGAGGGGGGAGGAGACAAAAUGCGACUUGACUGCUGCACAGUUCGUCGGCAAGAUCAGGCAAGACUGCAGCGUUUGCACCUUCUGCAAACAAAACGGAGAGUCGAAGAAAGUCUACUCCUCGCAUGUUCUCAAAGAUGCGAACGGCAAGAUCGUGUGUCCCAUUCUCCGUGGGUACACAUGUCCACUGUGUCAUGCGACUGGUGACAAUGCACAUACCAAGCGCUUCUGUCACCUGCUGCAAAGUAACUAUAGGUCAAUGUACAAGAAGCAUCAAGGGACACGGCAUUUAUAAGUAACCUGGAUAAACAAUUAAAGAAAGAGUCUGAUGUAUCCUACACGCUGUAAGGUUUGUUUCUGAAUGCUUGUAAUAUUCGGUGAAGGGCUGUUUUGGACGUGUUCUGAUCUCAGUGUCAGCUGUCAGGACAAGUCAGUUUAUUGAACAAUGGGAAGUCACUAUCUUUAACCAUCACAUUGUUUAAAUA